AUGUACUUGAAUUAUCUAUCAUUUCUUUACUUUUUAAAUAUUGCUUAUUAGAAAGAGUAGCUUUAUGAAUACUUUAAUUCAAAAGAUAUUUCAUCAUAUGGAGAUUGGAAAUGCAAUUCACCAAGCUAAGGCAUUAUGUAGACUGAGAAGUGUCAAAAGGGAUCAGAUGCUAUUAGAAUAGAUUAUAAAUGCAAUGAAGUAGAAGUAAUUGUCAGUGCUAGUAUUCCUCAUUUUGAGAUGUAAAUUUAUUUAGAUAUUUAUGCAUUUGGUAGUGUUGAUGAUAAUGAACCUACCAAAAUAAUAAUUGAUGAUUCAGAAAAGUUAUAAUAUUUUAAGCAGCCUUAUAAAAAUUGUCCAUUUGGAAAGACAGUUUAAUGCAGCUACAUUAAUAGAUAAGAUUGGAACUGUUAAAUGGGAGAAACAUUUAUAAUUCAAUAACCUCAUUCAAAUAACUAAAUAAAGAUAAAAUUGCAUAGUAUAUUAACUUAAGGUUAUGAUAAUGAAGCAUAUUUGUUAAGAAAUGUUUAGAUCUUUUAUAAUAGAUGUUACAAAACUUGCAAAACUUGUUAUAAUUAAUAAAAGGAUAGCUGUACCAAUUGCUAUAGUGGAAUAAUAGUUAAUUCCAAUAUCUGUGAUUCGUGCGUAAAGUUAGAUAAUUAACGAUUCUUAAAAAUUCCUGAAGGUUGUUUAUAAGAGUGCCCUAUUGGUUACAGUUACGAUGAAGAUUAUGUCUGUUUAUAAAAUAAUAGUACAUGUUUUAUUUAUUUUAAGGAUUAUUGUAGAUUGGGAUAACAUUUAGUGUUUAGACAUCGACACACGAAAUUGAAUUAAUUAAAAUUAAUUUGCAAUAAUCAGCUAUUUCUUUAAGAAUGUUAUUUACCUUAUAUUUCAGCAGCUCUUCAAUUAAUUAGAAUAUUUUAAUAUAUUUUAAUUAAAAAUUAAUCUUAAAUUUCAACAUUAAUUAAAUAAUUCAAUACAUAGAUCCUGAUACAAAAGUUGCUUUUAUUUAUAAAGGAAGUAAUAAUAUUAGAAUCGAGUUAAAUUAUAAAAUUGAUUCAACUGAUUUUAUUAUUAAAUUUAAGAGUUCAGAAGCAAAUUCAUUAUCUGAAAUAAAAGAUUUUAUAUUAGAAUAGGAAUUAUGUGUUUAAUUUUGUUAAAUUUGUAAAAAUUAUAAUUAAUGUCAAAUUUGUGACUCAUAUAAGAAGUUAUAUAAUGGUUAAUGUAUUGAUAGAUGUCCUGAAUCCACAAAAGAGGUAUAAAAUGUUUGUUUUGAAUUAGAUGAAAAAUUAGAUGAUUUAGAACAUUUAUUUUGGUAAAUAUUGGUUAGAGAAUUUUUUGAUAUUUCAACAACAAAAGAACGAAUUGAUAAUUUAUUUACUCUUUAGGAUGGUCAAAGUAAUUCUCUAAAUUUUCAAAAAGGUUCUGGUAUCUACUUUGCUUACAUUCCUAAUAAAAGAAUAUUUGGUGGACCAUUCGUUUGGGUAAAUGCAAAAUUUAAAUUUCAUAUAAAAUUAACUGAAUAAGAAUAAGCAAUAAAAUUAAGUUUUGAAGUCUUUUUGGGAAAUAACUAGGUUCAAUAAAAUUCAUUACAUUUUACUAUUAAUAAUAAUAAUUAAUAAACAUUAGUCUUAUAAACCAAUUAAAAUGUAUUAGAAGAUCAUAGUUGGGAUAACGAUUAUAAGACGUAAAAAUUUAUUGUAACUUAAUUAAUUUAUUAUCAAUCCGAUAUAUAAAAUGAAUUGAACAUUCUUUUUCAUUGUGAUGGUAAUGUUGAAUAAUCAUUUUGUGGAAUUUAAAACUUUAAAGUGACAUCAAUUUAAUGUGGAAGAGGAUAUAUUUUUGAUUAAUUUAAUUAUUACUAAUAAUAAAACCCUUGCAUUCCUAUUUGUGGUGAUAAUUUAGUUUUAGAUAAUGAAGAAUGUGAUGAUGGAAAUCUAGAACCCUUUGAUGGAUGUUAUUUAUGCAUGUUUUAAUGUGAGUAGAAUUGUAGUUUUUGUAUAAAGGGAGAAUGUUAAUUUAAAUAAAAUCCAAUUAUUAGUGAAUUUGAUAUUAUUGAUGUUACACCAUUACAAUACUUAUAAAAUUUAUGUGAAUUAUCAUGUGAAAUUUGUAUCUUUAAAACAUGUAUCGAAUGUCAUAAAGGUUUCUAUAUAAAUUCAAUCACUAAUUAAUGUGAAACUAUAUGUGGUGAUUCUAUUAUUAGAGGGAAAGAAGAAUGUGAUGAUAGUAAUUUAGAUAAUUUUGAUGGAUGUUCAUAUUGUUAAUUAAUUAAAUUUAAUAAAUGUGAUAAUGAUGAAGAAUAUUCUUAAUAAAAGUGUGCAGUGUGUCAUUUAGGGAUUUGUCUUCAAUGUAAUUAAGGAUAUUACAAUGAAGAUAAUAAUUGUUAUUCAUAUUGUGGGGAUGGUUUAGUUAAUGAAUAUACAGAAGAAUGUGAUAAUUAUAAUUAAAUAGGAUGUGUAAAUUGUAAAUAAGCAGAUGGAUAUAUUUGUGUUAAAUUAGGAUUAUCUCCUUGCUAAACUUGUGAUAGAAAUUGUACUAACUGUUAACGAAUAUCAAAUGAUAAACUUUAAUGUAUAAGCUGUUUCGAUGGUUAUUAUCCAUCCAAUGAUGAAUGUCUUCUUUGUGAUCCUUAUUGUAUUACUUGUAAAGAUCAAUCAAAUUUAUGUACCUCUUGUUACAGAAAUGAUUGUGAAUUAUGUGAACUAUUUCCUGGUCUUUACACUGAUAUUUAAUUAAAGUAGUGUAUUUCUAAAUGUGGAGAUGGAAUUUAAAUAAAAGAAUAUGAAGCAUGUGAUGAUGGAAAUUAAGAGAAUAAUGAUGGAUGCAAUUCAGAGUGUUAAAUUGAAUACUCUGAAGAAAUAUUAAAUUCACAAAAAAGAUGGGAAUUCAAAGGAAAUAACUCAUAUUCCAUCUACUUAUAAGAUAUAGAUCUUAUUGUAUAAUGUUAAUCGGCCAAUAUUACUAUUGAUCGUUAUAAACUUGAAAAUUUUUAGUAUAACUUUACAAAAAUUAAUCAAACUUGCGUUUUUCAAUUUUCAUAUUCAACUUCAAUAUUCAAAUAUAAUACUAUACAUGUGAUCUUAAUACUUUCAGUCUAAUCUUUUAGAAUUUUGAAUGAAUUUGAUUAAUUUUUAGUUAAAUUUUCUAUUGAACCAGAAGAAUAAAUUAUUAGAUCAGAUACUGAAUAGGCUUAAGCAGAAUUAAUCUAAAUCUAUAUGGAGAAUUUUGGUUUGUUAAUACUUAUACUCAUUCCUUUAUCUAUAAUAACUGAAACAUAUGAAUAUUUAUGGGGUAUAUUAGAAGUUUUAAGUUGGAUAAAUAAUUUUUAUUUCUUAAAUGUCAGGUAUCCAUUUGUGGCUGAAUACUUUUUUUUAUUAAGUGAUUGGUCUUAAAUAUUAGAUUUUCCAACUUUUUAAGGAUGGAAUCAACCAGGAUGUGAUUAUUAUUUCUAAGCCCCUUUACGAUUUUAAAAUAAAGGUAUAAAUCCAUUAUUUAUCAACAAUGUCCAAGUAUCAUUUAUGUUUAUAUGUUCAGCAAUAGCAUUUUAUGUUAUAAAUUAUUUGA